AUAGAGGGGAAACAGCUGACAAUUGAUAAACACUUUUGUUCGUCGCACCUCAACGAAUAACUUUGUUGCUGCUUACUGCAACGAGUUGAGUGAGGCCUCAACUACUGUCUGUGUCUUCGACCAGGACCAUAGGCAAGGGAGGAAGGGGCAGGAUAAGCUAGAAAUAUAAGAGGAAGGAGGUGUCGAGGCGAGGCGGAGCCGCUUGUGCUGCUCUCUCUCUCUCCACCACCUUCAUCAAGCAAGGAUUCCACCCAACUCCUCCGUCAUGCACAGGGCGCGUUACCCUGAUGCUCCUGGAAGUCGCGGGUCAGGAGGCCACACAACACACUUUGUCAGGAGGCCGGUGCGUGAACAGAUGUUGGAAUCUAUACCAGCUGUUGUUGUGGGCAUCACACUGCUCUUGGUUGGCAGCGGCCUUCUUUUCUGGAAUGAGGGACGGGCUGUGCAGACAUCCCGUAGCUUAGACGAGGGCUAUAAUGCGGUUAUACGAGUUGCAAGUGCUAACAUCAUACACGAGGAGAAUAAUCAUAAGCUGGUGCAGGUGUGGGGUACUUUGGCAACCUCCCCAGUACUGACGGACGACACCUACGGAGUGGAGAUCAGUGCUGUCCGAAUGAAGCGACGUGUCCAGAUGUACCAGUGGAUUGAGGAAGAAUCUUCAAUGGGCUCUGAAGAGACGCCGGGCAUGCCUACAGAUACUUCGUUCUCGUAUUCCUUUGCCUGGAGAGACAAGGUGGUAGACAGCUCCUCCUUCAACAUCCCGUGGGGGCAUAACAACCCCACGUCUAUCCCAGUUCCUACAAUAAUACAAGUUUCGGAGACUUCUAAGGUGGGUGCCUACCAUCUUAGUCCAGCAAUCAAGGAGAGGUUCACAGAAUUCAUAUCUUUCUCUGGUGAUGAGCAGCCAGAAGGGGACGACAUCAAGCUGCAUGGGGGAAUGUACUACAUCACCCGAGACAUUUAUAAUCCCGACAUUGGAGACUUGAGAAUUCAGUUCUACUUUGCUGGACGGGCUGGUGAGGUGGUGAGCAUAGUUGGGCAGCAGGUUGGGGAGACACUCCAUCCUUAUCUCACGAGUAAUGGACGGGAGUUGUUGAUUGUUCACAUGGGCAAGCGGACCGUUGAGGAGAUGUUUUCUUCAGAGCAUGCCCAGAACCGCUUCCUGACUUGGAGCCUGCGUGUAGGAGGCUGGUUUCUCAUGUUCAUUGGACUGACAUGUGUAACGAACAUUGUCAAUUCCUUAGUGGUGUGCUCUCCACUCAUGAGAGACGUGGUUGCCCUUGGCCUAGGCUCGGCAAACCUUACCCUGAGCAUGUCUACAUCGCUGAUAAUUGUAGGUGGGGCAUGGGCUGUCUACCGACCAGGCCUCGCUCUCCUCAUUCUCAUUGUGGCGGCACUUCCAUUCCUCCGGGCAGCUGCACGACACUCUUCAUCAGAAGGGUUUUCACGCAGAGCAAACGGGUUUAGAGGCAGCCCGUGAGAGAUUCCUGAGAGUGACCAUCGCGUGUUUGAAGCAGCCUUCAGGAGGUUAUCACACUGAUGUAUUGGAUGACUAGAACGCUAUUGUAGAUGUUAGUUUCCUCUUUGGCAAUACAGGUGUACAUUUAUAUAUAUUUAUAACUUUUUUUUUUUUUUAGGGGGCAUCACUUGUUAAUAUCUCCUCUGAUACUUUUUAUAUAUAUAAUAUUAAUAUAUAUAUAUAUAU